CGUGGUCGAGAAGCAAGAUGGCGGACGCUCUGGAUGAAUUUAAGGAAGAAACUGGAUGCGUCCCGAUCCUCCAUCCCGAGGAAAUUAAACCCCAGAGUCACUAUAACCAUGACUACAGCGAGAGCGUCAGCCGCAAGAGCCACGUGGACGACUACAGCACUUGGGACAUCAUCAAAGCCACCCAGUACGGGAUAUUCGAGCGAUGCCGUGAGCUGGUGGAGGCCGGAUAUGACGUGCGUCAGCCGGAUAAAGAAAAUGUCACACUCCUGCACUGGGCGGCAAUCAACAACCGCAUAGACCUGGUCAAGUACGGGGAGACGCCACUGGAUUUGGCCAAACAGAGGAAAAAUGUGUGGAUGAUAAAUCAUCUGCAGGAGGCCAGACAAGCCAAAGGUUACGACAGUCCCUCAUAUCUGAAACGGCUCAAAAUGGACAAGGAGUUCAGGCAGAAGGUGAUGUUGGGAACUCCGUUCCUGGUGAUCUGGCUGGUGGGAUUUAUCGCCGAUCUGGACAUUGACUCCUGGCUCAUCAAGGGUGUGAUGUAUGCAGCGAUGUGGCUCGUCGUGCAGUUUCUGUCCAAGUCUUUCUUCGAUCACUCCAUGCAUAGUGCUCUUCCUCUGGGCAUCUAUCUGGCCACUAAGUUCUGGAUGUACAUCACCUGGUUUUAUUGGUUCUGGAAUGAUAUCCUUUUUUAG